AUGGUGGGUGUCGGACCGGGUGACGGCGGCAGCCAGCACCUGCCGCCCAUGCACCCUAUCAACCUACGAAAACAAGUGAAUUUAUCGCUGGACGCGUCCUUCUCGGUGAAGAGCUAUGUUGGCGCAGCGUCGACGCUGCUGGAUAAGGCGCAAAUGGCCGAUGCUCAGGGCCACUUGGAGAUGGCCUUUAUACACUAUCUAACCGCAGCGAGCGUUGCGUCAUUCGUGCCGAAACAUGCUGAAUGGCCUUCUAUCAGGCAGAAGCGUGGUGCGACUUUUCAGGCUUACCAGGAGCUCAUGAACCGCACGCCUGAGAUUGUCAAGAGAGCGAAUGCGAUUGAAAGAGAACUCACGGCACGAGCCGAAGACAUGAUGCGGGACGCGCAGCUCGAGAAGCACGGCAGUGGCAGGCACAGCCCGGCUGUGGCCCCUGCGCAGCCCCGGGUGUCCGCGGCCCAGACACCCACGAUACCCUAUGGUCGGUGCCUCUCUGUGGAAGAGCUCUGGACGUACAUGUACCCUGGUUUUGAUCGGACCACCGAUACCGCAGGGCAUGAGCUCCUUUCGAAGCGCCGAGGCCCUCAGAUUCUGCUGGUGGAUAUUCGGCCACGUUCUAUGCAUGCUGCUGGCCAUAUUCGCGGCGCUGAUACCAUUUGCAUCGAGCCCACCGUGCUCCGAGCGCCCCCUGUCUCCAUGGCAGAUCUCCAGGCAUCUCUUCCGCCCAAAGAAGCAGCGUACCUGGAAAAACGCAGUGAGUACGACUUGCUGGUCCUAUAUGACCAACGCACGCGCGCGCUCAGUAGCGGGGGUAACGCGACGCCGGAGCAAGAGCAUAUCGAGUCGGUGCUGCGCACCCUGGAAGUCGAUCUGGUGCAUUCGCCGUGUCUGCUGCGCGGUGGAUUCGAGUCAUGGGCGCGGCAAGUCGGUGAUUCGGGAGUGAUCCGUGAGCGUGGGUCGUCAGCGAAGCCUGCCUCACCAGCUACACCCAGCGCACGACGCACAGCGUUCGUGACGCCCAGUGUCCCGCCGCGAACAUACCAGGUGCCUGUGACGAGCGGCAAGUUUACGUAUCCGGACAUUACGAGUCUGUCGACGCCGCGCAUGAGUGGGCCGACGCCACCGCCGGCGGCCCGCACGCCCAUGCCUGCGUCGCUUAUGGCGGGGCCGAGCAUCAUGUCGCGGAGUCAUAGCAUGGCACCGCCGAGCUUUCCUGUGCCGCGCGAUGUCCGCAUUGGUCUGACGGGUCUGUGCAACUUUGGGCAGACAUGCUACAUGAAUGCGACGAUCCAGUGUCUCAGCGCGACGAUGCUGCUGGCGCAGUACAUGCUGGAUGGGACCUACCAAAAAGCCAUCAACACGCAGAAUCCACUUGGGACACGUGGCGCCUUGUCUCAUGCGCUGGCAGCGCUGCUGCGGGCGCUGUGGUCGGAGCAGUCUGUGACAGUGGCGCCGACGGCGUUCCGGGAGGCGGUUGGGCAGUUUGCCCCUGCUUUCCGCGGCCACGAGCAGCAAGACAGCCAGGAGUUUUUGCUGUUUCUGCUCGAUGGGCUGCACGAGGACUUGAACCGCAUUGUGCAGCGGCCACCGGCCCUUGAGUUGGGCGAGGCGCAGCAGGCGGAGCUGAGUCGGCUGCCACAGCAACUCGCGAGUGUGGCGGAAUGGAGUCUGUACCGCCGGCGAAAUGACAGUGUGAUUGUGGACACGUUCCAGGGGCAGCUUCGCAACCAGCUGACAUGCCUCACGUGUGGGCACAUGUCCGUCACGUACAACGCGUUCAUGUCGUUGUCGCUGCCGGUGCCGAGUGGGCGUGGUGUGUCGCAGGCCACGCUGUACCAGUGCAUGGACGCGUUCGUGCACGAAGAGGUGCUGGACAAGGGCAAUGCGUGGCACUGCCCCAAGUGCCAGCGGCCGCGCCGCUCCACCAAGCGACUCAGUCUCGCGCGCCUGCCGCCCGUGCUGCUGAUCCACCUGAAGCGCUUCACGUUCCGUGGCCCUGCGUCGAACAAGAUCGAGACGCGCGUGAAUUUUCCCUUUGACAAGCUCGACCUGUCCAACUACAUGCCCCCGCCUCUCCCGCCAGGCAUGUCGGUGCAUGGUAUACCCGUGAGUGAGAGUCAGCGGCCGCCGUACCUGUACGAUUUGCACGCCGUGACGCACCACUUUGGUACGCUGAAUUCCGGGCACUAUACGGCAUCCGUCCGCACUCAGGGCCUCUGGUACUAUUGCGACGACAGCCGCGUCACGCCCGGCGAUGCACAGCUCCACACAUCGUCGCCGUACAUGCUCUUUUUCUCGCGCCGAGCGUCCCCUUUGUAG